UUUCACCCGAUAGAAGAAACCGAGAGUGAAAUGAGCCCAACCAUGGCACCUUACAACAUCUCUCCGAGCCACCGGUGACGACAACGUUUAGAGUGUAACUUAAAACGGUGUUUUUGAUAUAAAAACUAGACCUCGCCGUUCCAAACGACAUCACUCUACGGCGAUCAUUUCUCACCGGUGGACAACCUCCCAAGUUUGAGCUUUGAAAACAUGAAGGCGUUCAUCGUGUUGUCCGUGGUCCUGGCCAUCGCCUUCGGCGCGGCAGUCGACACCUCCAACAAGGAAAAGCGUGGCCUGUGGGAGGUCAACGAUCAUCACGGUCUGGACGGGGGUUUCGAACACCAUGGAGACGUGCACCACCACAAGGAGGUCAUCACCAAGAAUGUGCAUGUGCCGUACCCGGUGGAGGUCGAGAAGCACGUCCCAUAUCCGGUGAAGGUCCCGUACCCGGUUGAGGUCGUCAAGAAGGUUCCGUUUGUGGUGGAGAAGAAGGUCCCGGUCUACGUCGAGAAGAAGGUGCCGGUUCAUGUUGAUCGUCCGGUUCCGUACCCAGUUGAGGUCAAGGUCCCCGUUGUCCACAAGGAGUACGUCGAAGUGCCCAAGCCUUACGCAGUUCAUGUCGAGAAGCCCGUCCCGGUGUACGUGAAGAAGCCGGUCUACAUCGAGAAGCACGUCCCGGUCACCGUGCAGAUUAAGGAAGUGCACAAGAAGAAGCACUGGGGAUUGUUUUAGAAACUAAAUGUAUGUUAAGAUUAUUUUAUAGAUUAUGCACCGAUGAAAUACACUAAUGUCCUAAGCUUGCUUUAAAAA